CGAACGAAAGAAAGACCUCAACCUCGAUACACUUAUCACCUUAUGUUGAUUCUCAGCAACCACUUUUUAUCUGGGAAAUCAAAGAGCUGAUGAUAUUCGCGAUGCUGUCAAAGAAGUGCGUGAUGGCCAUCCUUCGGUUACUGACUCUCUCGACUCUCCUGACUCUCAUUGCUACCAAAAACGCCACUUAUAAGCGCGUAUGUUACUAUACAAACUGGUCCCAGACUGUGCCGGGUGCAGCUAAAUUUGAACCGGAAUACAUAAACCCCUACUACUGUACACAUAUUUGCUAUGCAUUUGCCAAACUUGAUGGGAAUCACAUUGCUCCCACGUAUCCUAAUGAUGAAUCCAGACCCUGGUUGAAGGGCUUGUAUGAAAGAACUCUAAACCUGAAGAAAAUAAACCCUUCUUUGAAAAUCCUGAUUUCUCUGGGUGGUUGGGACAUGGGAUCUGCCCCCUUCACUGCAAUGGUUUCUUCUGCUGCCAGCAGAACGGAUUUCAUCGAUCAUGCCAUAACUUGGAUGAGGAAGAGAGGCUUUGACGGUUUAGAUGUUGACUGGGAGUAUCCAGCCAACCGUGGCAGUCCACCUGAAGACAAAAACAGAUUUUCGAUGCUUAUUAAGGAAGCCAGGCAGGCAUUUGAAGCUGAGGCGAAGAAAUCUGGUAAAGAUAGACUUCUGUUGAUAAGUGCUGUACCCACGGCAAAAUAUGCAGUAGAUUCCGGUUAUGACGUGGCCACCCUUUCAAAGUACUUCGAUUUCUUUGUUGUGAUGACAUACGAUUUUCACGGAACUUGGGAAUCCUUUACGGGACACAAUAGCCCUCUCUUUGUCCGAGCUAAUGAACAAGCCUUGCAAAGGACACGGAAUAUGGAAUGGGCUAUCGAUUACUGGAUCCACUUAGGGGCGGCACCCGAGAAGUUGCUUAUUGGUUUACCAAUGUAUGGACGGGGAUUUACUCUAGCGUCUAAAACUAACCACGAACCGGGGGAUGCUCAAACCGGUCCAGGCAUUGCUGGCAAAUUUACCAAGGAGAAAGGGGUCCAAUCAUAUUAUGAAAUCUGUUUGAUGAUCCAAUCAGGCGGGAAAGUUUUCUGGAUCGAAGAACAGAAAGUACCCUAUAUCGUCAAAGAUGAUCAGUGGUUCGGAUACGAUAAUCCGAAAAGCUUGAAGUUAAAGGUGGAAUGGAUGAAGUCAAGAGGCCUAGGUGGCAUUGCGGUCUGGGCACUACCGUUGGAUGAUUUCUCUGGUAUGUGUGGAGAGAAGUAUCCGCUGAUGAAAGCUAUACUCGAAGCUCUUGGAGUCAAUCUUAACAGUACUUCACAAAGAACGACCACCCCAACUGAACCUCCAGAUGUGGCUACACUCUCUCCACGUAAAGACGACAAACUCUGUAGAGGCGUUGCUGAUGGCAUCUAUCCAUACCCGAAAUCCUGUACCAAGUAUGUGGUAUGCAUCAAUGAACAGGCAUUUGUGGAUAAAUGUGAAGCUGGUUUUUGGAAUAUGAAAUGGAAAAAGUGCGAUUCGAAACCAGAUUCUCAAUGUACACAAGUGAUGAACACUACGAAGUCAAAAACGCUACGGCAUCAACGACCGCAGCGAAGGAAUGGUCGUGCCAUGGAAAGGCUGAUGGUAAAUAUGUGGAUCCAACGGAUUGCAACUUCUACUACCAAUGUUCGAACAAUGAUUUCUCUUAGGUUGCUGGUGAUUCUAGCUCUGUGCAGUGUCGGCUGCCAGGCUUACCGUCGUGUUUGCUACCAUACUAACUGGUCCCAGUACAGACCGGCUGGCGGCAAAUAUUUCCCUGAGAGUAUCGACCCAACACUCUGCACCCACAUCUGUUAUGCUUUUGCCAAACUGAACGGAAACCACCUCCACGCUUUCGAAUGGAACGAUGAAUCUGAGCCAUGGAUGAAGGGAAUGUACGAAAGGACGAUGGCCAUGAGAAGACUGAACCCGUCUGUAAAGAUCUUGAUCUCCGUCGGUGGCUGGAACAUGGCAUCUGCUCCCUUUACUGCGAUGGUUGCUUCUGCUGCCAACCGAAAAUCUUUUAUCGAUCAUGCCAUAACUUGGAUGAGAAAGAGAGGCUUUGACGGUUUAGAUCUUGACUGGGAGUAUCCAGCCAACCGUGGCAGUCCUCCUGAAGACAAAAACAGAUUUUCAGCACUCGUAAGGGAAACGAAGAUGGCGUUCGAAGCUGAAGCGAAAUCAAGUGGCAAAGAUAGACUUUUGUUGGCCUGUGCUGUCUCCGCUGGACAAGACAAAAUAGACACUGGCUAUGACAUUCCAGAGAUUUCCAAGUACUUCGAUUUCAUCACAAUUAUGACAUAUGACCUUCACGGAGCCUGGGAAAAGUUUACCGGACACAACAGUCCACUUCACGUGAGGAGCGAUGAAACAGGACUGCAAAGACACCUAAAUGUGGAAUGGGCAGCGAACUACUGGGUGAAAAAAGGCGCCCCCAAAAGUAUAUUAAAUGUGGGCUUGGCCCUUUAUGGACGUGGCUUCACACUUAGCAACCCAGCACAAAGCAAACCUGGUGACCCCGUCAAAGGAGCUGCCAAUAAAGGACCUUUUACCAGAGAAGGCGGAUUCCUGUCUUACUAUGAGAUCUGUAAAAUGAUAGCAACUGGAGGCAAGGUGUCUUGGAUCAAAGACCAAGAAGUUCCAUAUGUUGUGAAGGGCAACCAAUGGAUUGGAUUCGAUAACCCAAAGAGUUUAACUAUUAAGGUUAACUGGAUCAAGGCAAAUGGUUUUGGAGGCAUUGCUGUCUGGGCCCUACCUCUUGAUGACUUUAGCGGUCAGUGUGGAGGAGAGAAAUAUCCUUUGAUGAAAUCCAUAGUGAGAGCAUUAGGAGACAAAAUCGUUGUCCCAUCUCAUAUAGUCCCGGUCAAAACCACACCAAAAACCAUCAUUACCCUUCCUCCCAAGAAAGAUGAUGUUCUGUGCCAGGGUAAACCAGAUGGCACUUAUUCCCAUCCAAAGAGUUGCUCCGAAUAUGUUUUCUGUGUCAACGGUCGAUCAUUUAUAGAGCAAUGUAAAGUUGGAUUGUGGAACCAAAACAAAGGACUGUGUGAUCCUGACCCUAAUUUCAAGUGCACAAUUGGGGGUAAAGUGGUGACAAAUAAACCAAGUACUCAAAAACCCGUCACCCCUGGUAAAGGAGGAUCAACACAUUUCUGCGAGGGAAAAAGUGAUGGUUUGUAUGUUGACCCCAAAGAUUGUACAUAUUACUACCAAUGUUCCUUCGGUUUAACCUUCCAUGAACGCUGUGGACCCAGAACUGGAUUUGAUCCCAAAAUAAAGGCCUGCAACUUUGUGGCACAAAUUCCUGGUUGUUCUUAAGUUGAAAUUAUAAAUCGAAAGAGUUUUAAAAUGAAAAUAAAAAAAAAAAAAUACAAAAUAAA